GGUAAAACCUUGGUAACAUAUACAAAUUCCAACAUUUUAGGACCUAAACUCUUUUCUUCGAGCAAGAGCACGAGUUAAAAACCGGUAUUACGCAAAAUAAGUAGUUUUUACCAUGUUGAGUUUUGGUAAAAUUUUGCAAUCUAGUUCAUUUUUACUGCCAUUGGUUUGACGAAUCGUAAACUUGGCGGGUAAAAAAAAAAACGCAUCUUAAACGACGUCGUUUGGUUCCGAACCGUGAAGAUGACGUCAUUUGACCUAUUUACCGUUUUGACCUUUUUUUUUGAAUAUGUUUAAAGAACAAGUAUUGCUUAAUCUUGGCGCCACAACUUAUUUCCGGAAAAUUUUUCGAGCGUUCCCUUUCUCUCGUCUACGAUUCAAAUCAGAGAACCAGAGAGAUUUUGAUUUGUCCCAGUCAGUUUGGUUUUCGAGGAAUUCUUGUGGUGUUCAUUGAAGAUCGGGAUAAUCAAAUUUCUGUGAGGCUUGAUUCGAUCGACUCUGAAUUGAGGAACGCGCAGGGAACUGUUUGUAGAGCCAACAAAACCGAGGAUUCUACCAGGAAGACAAAAAUCGUGGAGAAUUGAAUGCCUCUGCGGUAGGUUUCUUCAAUAAACAUAGCUGAGUUGAUUAUUGUCGGCGAAAAAACUCAUUAGAACAAUAUUUCCAUUCCGGCUCGCUGUGGUUGCUGAGAAAUCUGGAUCAGGUAGAAUCUGACUGAAAAGAGAGAGAGAGAGAGAGAGAAGCGAGAAAUCCAGAGUCUCUAUGUUGCAACUUUGAGUCGAUCUCUGGAUCCGUGUAACUUGUUACAGCAAUUGAGAUACUUAUAUUUGAGGUUGACAUGAGGUGCAAUGCGUGCUGGAGGGAACUGGAAGGCCGGGCCAUUUCAACAACAUGCGGUCACAUUUUAUGUACUGAAGAUGCUAGUAAGAUUAUCAGUAACGAUGGGGCAUGCCCCAUUUGUGAUCAAGUUCUCUCCAAGAGCCUAAUGAAACCCGUGGAUAUCAAUCCAAAUGAAGAAUGGAUUAAUAUGGCAAUGGCUGGAAUUUCUCCACAAAUACUGAUGAAGAGUGCAUACAGAAGUGUGAUGUUUUACAUCUCGCAACGGGACUUAGAGAUGCAGUACAAGAUGAACAGAAUAGUGGCUCAAUGCCGCCAGAAAUGUGAGGUGAUGCAAGCAAAAUAUACUGAGAAGCUGGAGCAGGUGCACACGGCAUAUCAGAAGAUGGCCAAGAGAUGUCAAAUGAUGGAGCAGGAGGUUGAAACCUUGAACAAUGAUAAACAAGAACUCCAAGAGAAAUUCUCUGAGAAAUCAAGACAGAAGAGGAAGCUUGAUGAAAUGUACGACCAGCUAAGAACUGAGUACGAGUCAGUGAAACGCUCAGCCAUCCAGCCAGUGAGCAACUUCUACCCGAGAAACGAACCGGACUUUUUCUCAAACCCAGCAGUUAACAUGAUGGAUAACCGAGACCCUAUUCGCAAAGAUCGGUUGGUUUCAUCGCCUGCAACACCAGGGCCAAGAGAGGAGAUAUGGCCAGCGAGACAGAACAGUUCGAACUCAAGUCCAUUUAACAUGUCCGGAGGCUCACCAGCCAAUCAAAACGUAAUUCCAACUGAAGUUGGGAACAGGAGAUCAAACGUACAUCAUCCCGUAUUUGGUGGAGGUGGCACCGCUAACCCUUCAAUGACACUGAGAAACUUGAUUCUCUCCCCAAUAAAACGACCUCAGCUAUCUCGUAACAGAGCUCAACUCUUCACGUUGUAAGGGUUAAGGGUCUGUCAGCAGCUGCCUUGAAGGGAAACCCUAAUAUCACAAUCAGUAAGUGAUUCGUUUCGCCUUUAUAAAGCUUUUCUCUUAGGGUGGGGGAAAAAACGAAUACGCAUCGGAAAGAAUAACAGAUGUGAUGAGAGACCUAAGAAGUUUAAGCACACACAUUUCAUGUUAUAGCUUACUGGUUGUGCCUCCGUUCUAUAUUGUCCGCACAGCUUCAACUUGACUUGAUGUAGAAUUUUGGAUUCGACGUGCUAUCUUGUCGGAUCAUCAAAGCCAUAGUUUGAGCGAUUCUGAUUGUGAAUCGCUAUGCUCAUCGAUACAGAUACAUAUGAAUCGGUAACAAGAGAUAAUAAAGAACCUCCGAUGCAAAAGAAACCACUCAUAAAAUUAUUAGAAAGAAAGAUGCGUCUUUAGCAGGGUCAGGAGUCCUACAGGUAUGACACUGUAAUAAAAAGGGGCUCAAAGCCCACCUCUCAAGCUCAGAAAAACACUAAAUAAAAUCUAUAUGAUCUGAGAGAGUUCAGAGAUUUGUCUCAUAGG